GAGGGAGGGGUCCCCAACUUUCUGGGUGCCACUUAUUGGGGCCACAGCUGCAAAGGGCCACCCAGACGCUCCCUCCAGCCAGGCCACAAAAUGGAUGCCAGGCAAGGGACCUGCUUUGGCAACCGUCCCACCUGGCAGAGGAGGGUCCUAACAACAGCCCAGUUGGCCCCAGUUGGUGGGACUGGGAGGUGUCGUCCACCUUCCCAGUCUGGCCACCGUCAGACCAUUGCUGGACUGGGAGCCACUGGUCUCAGCCAGGCUGGAGAGUGGAACCAGACACACGGCGGGACAAUUCCUGAGCUGGAGCCUCCUUCCUUGGCUGCAAAACUCUCCAUGUUCUGUGUGACCUGUUUCUGGUUCUCCUGGGGCUGGACAGGAGCCGGAAGCGGACGCCCAAAGGUCAGCUCCUCCAGCCCUCUCUGUGGCCAAAGUUAAAGGUUCAGCACCAAGGGCUCCUGCAGAUGAUGCUGGUUUUGGGGGUCGGAGGGACCCUCCCCAUUGGCUACCAGAUUUCGGUGAUUGGCUACCCUUCGGGGUUCAUCAAGCAGUUCAUGAACGAGACCCUGGGGGUCCGCUGGGGGCAGCCUCCCAGCCAGGAGACCAUACUCUUCCUCUGGUCCCUCGUCGUCUCCAUCUUUGGCGUCGGAGGGGUCCUGGGGUCCCUCGGCAGUGGCUACCUGGCCCUCCGGUUUGGCAAGUGAGUGUCCAGGGGCCAUAUUUAUUACCCCAUAAAUUCCACAGGGUCUUUUUAGGCAAGGAGUCUCCAAGGGAAGUUUGGCCAGUUCCUCUCAAAUAUCACCUGGUCUUCUUUGGCGGUCUCCCAUCAAAGUCCUAACCAGGGCUGACCCUGCUUAGUUUCCAAGAUCAGAUGAGAAUCUGGUGCCUUUAGGCUAUUUGGGGCUGAGUUAUCCCCUCUGGUUUCCCAUCAUU